UGACUUUCUAUUUUUAAAUAGACUGGAAAACACCUACGGUUACAUGUCAUAUGCCUGUAUAUCCGAUAUAUUUGCCAAUAUCUAGGUCAUCAGUUUUUUGUCAUUGAGAGAGUUACCUUUGCAGUUGAUACACGUAUAUAUAAAAUCGAGUUUUGGAGACAUUCUGUCACACUAAACGAUGGAAGAAUUCAAAGUUUUUACAGAGGCGCACACUUGUAAGGAAACGUUAAAAGCUUUUGAGAAAUUAAGUGUUACACUUGGUUUAGACAAUGUACCUCAUGGAGAGUUUUUCGAUCAGCUUAGUUUUGGAUUGUCAAAAAACUGGAAGUUUAAAAGAUUCUUGGAUCAUCUGAAGAAUAAGUUUCAAGACACAGAAAAAGGAGAAGCUACAAAAGUACUAAUUGUUGGUGCAGGGCCAUGUGGACUACGGAUAGCCAUUGAGACUGCGUUUUUGGGAUGUAAAGUUGUUUUGAUAGACAAACGUGAUGCUUUUACAAGAAACAACGUUCUCCAUCUCUGGCCAUUUACAGUAACAGAUUUGAAGAAUAUAGGCAUAAAACAAUUCUUUGGACGGUUUUGUUGUGGAGAACUAGAUCAUAUAAGUAUCCGUCGCCUUCAGCUGAGUCUACUGAAAAUAGCGUUGGUGGUAGGAGUCGAGGUUCAUACUAAUGUGGAAUUUGAAGGCCUAAAAUGUCCACAGAAAAAUGGCGGUUUUGACCGAAAAGAAUUUCGAGGAAGACUCUCUAUUGCAAUUACUGCAAACUUUGUGAACUCAAACACUCCUGUUGAAAUGAAGGCAAAAGAGAUUGGUGGAGUGUCGUCCCAUUUCCACCAACAACUUUUUACAGAUCUGAAAACUAAAAAAAAGAUUCAUCUAGAAAACUUCGUGUAUUAUAAAGAUGAGACUCACUAUUUUGUAAUGACUGCAACAAAAGCAAGUUUAUUGCAGAGACGUGUUUUCAAAGAAGACUUUCCGGAUGCUUCACAGUUAAUGGAAAGAACGAACAUUGAUGUGCAAUCGUUGUUGGCGUAUGCAAAAGAUGCUGCAAACUUUUGUACUAACAAUGCAAUGGCUAAUAUCAAUUUUGCAAAGAACUCACGUGGAGUGGAUGAUGUUGCCAUGUUAGAUUUUUCAUCAAAAUUUGAAGCUGUAAAUGCAUCACAUAUCAUUGAGAGGAAUGGUAAAAAGCUACUGAUUGGACUGAUUGGUGACAGUCUAUUAGAGCCUUUUUGGCCACAAGGUACUGGGUGUGCACGUGGAUUUCUUGGAGCUUUUGAUACAGCAUGGAUGAUCAAGAAUUGGAAAAGUAUGAACGCGAAACCUCUAGAAAUCAUAGCUGAGAGAGAAUGUGUCUACAAAGUCUUAUCACAGACGACACCUAACAAUAUCAAGAAGAAAUACAGUGACUACACUAUAGAUCCAAAAUCAAGAUAUCCUUCCAUUAACCUGAAAGCUGUUACUGCCCAAAAAGCAAAACAGUUUUAUGAUGAUAUGCAAGACGAUUAUUUUGAAGACGUUGUUUCUCCGGCUAAAAAGAUUAAACGAACUGACGAAACAGUGGAAUUCAAUGAUCUACUUCAGUGGUGUCAGAAAGUGCUAAAACAACACACGCAUUUUGAUAUAAAAGAUCUGACUACUUCCUGGAGAAGCGGAUGUGAAAUCGGAUGUUUGAUCCAUGUUUUUCGUCCACAUUUAAUACAAAUAAAGAAUUUGGACCCAUCAGAUCGAUUCAAAACUAUGGAAAUAGUAGUUAACAUAGCACAACGAGAACUGGGAAUAUAUCCUGUUAUGAAAGUUUCAAAAAUGGUGAACUGUUCGUCUGAAAACGAGAUAGAAAUGGCAUUGUAUCUUACCCAGUUUCACCAACUGUUUAACGAAGAACAUAUUCCUGAGAGUAUAUCUUCUGAGAACAGAGGAAAAAGCAGUAACAUGACAGAAACAAAUAUUGUAAACCCAAGGGAAGGUAGAGUUGAAUUGUCAAUUGAGAAAGAAGACACUGUUGAAGAAGCUAAUGAUACUUGCUACAUUUGCAAUACGGAGUUAUUCAUGAUGGAAAGACUAAGUGUAGAAAGUGUGUUUUGUCAUCGCGCUUGUCUAAAAUGUGAACGAUGUCAUUGUGAAUUGAAUCUCGAAAACUAUAGAACACAAACAUCAUCAAAAGGAAGAGUGAGGUUUUUCUGUACAAAGCAUGCCGGACCAAAAGCAAAGUUUACACAAUCAAUCAGGAAGCGUCCAUCUCAAGUCUUGGAUUCAAUGAAUGAGCCCCAACCGCUUAAGGACAGAUCUAACAUAUCAGACAGCAGGAAAAGAGUACAAAAAAGCGCAGAAAAACCAAAAAUUCCACCAAGGCCAGACUUUUUAGCACGGAGAGUAACAUCGGCGUCAAUACGAAGAAAAGACUUCUAUAAUACAGCAGAUAAUAACAAAGAAGUAGAAACGGAGGAUAAAAUAUUUGAGCAUAAUUUUGGUGCAUCUGUUCGACGCGGAAUGGGUACAUUUAGCAUUAAACUACCAGAAGAUGACGAAGAUGAAGAUGCGAAGUCUUCAAGUGAGAGUAGUGAUGACGAUAUAGAAGAAAGACUUGAAGCUACACUAGGACCGAAUAUUGAUAAACAUUUGACAAUUAGAGAUGCUUCACAGUUAUGGCAAACAUUAAAAAGAGAUACAAAGCAACGCAGCAUUAUAAAGCAUUUACAGGAUAUAUCAGAUGAAACUGACGCAACACCGGAUCCAAGUCAUCAAAAACUAAAUAUGCGACCAAACAGAAGUGGUAAAGAACGUGAAACAAUUCAGGAGGAUGAAAACGAGGAAUUAGAAAGCACAAUCAACGCUGUCUCAGAAACUGACGGGUCUAAUAUACACCUACGCAAUGAAAAACAGUCUACAGAAAACAGAAAAUCGAGCAAAAACGAAGAAAUGUUAGAAAAAGCUAUUAAGGACUUAAACAGAGAAUCUAGGGAGUUUGAUGAUAGGCGGUUUAAAUUUUCUGCAACUUGUUAUCGACCUAAAAGCAGAGGAUUUGAAAAAGGUCCUGCAGCAAAUCAACUGACUAAAGGUAUCCAUCGUAGCAGACCACUGUUGAAGCGAUCCGACUCUGAUCAGACGGAAGUAAGGCAUGCUCAGCGUGUUCAACUUGCUGCCAGGAAGCUUGCGAUACAAAGGCAGCAAAACAAACUAUUCAUGGCUCAGGAGAUCAAACGGCAACUAGAAGAAGCAGAAGUAGAACUUUGUGACGUAGAACAACAAGGAGUUGAAAUAGAAAAGCAACUGAAAGAAAACACUGAAAUAUUGGAAGAGAAUAAACAAACUUUACGACGACAGCUGUGUUCAUUGUACACUCGGCGACAAAAAUUAUUACAGUAUGAAGCCGAAUUACAAUCAGCUAACGAUCAAUUUUUGCCACCAACUCGAAAAGAAGAAAUUAGUGAAAUAAGUCCGCGUAAUAGCUCUAGCGAGGAAGAAGAAUACGUUAUUGUUGAAAAGUCUGAAUCUCAAGCGUUUGGAAUUGACAAUGUCACAAAGAAGGCAAGUGACGAGGCAGUCGAAACAGACAAAAUGUUUGACAUGCAAAAUCCCUCGGAAAUAGUAAAUGACGUCAACGAAGUGGCUCCAAAAUUUAUCUCAACUGAUGUAAAAUCCACGCCUAAUAUCGCAUUCGACGGAAGUCAAUCCGAAGUUACUGGUGGAGAUAUUUUGUCUGCUGAAAUUGAAAAACUUACAUUUGUUGAUGAAUAUACAACUGGAACGCAGAAUUGGGAAUGUCCGUUCUGUACACUUUAUAAUGACGACACAAACAGCUUUUGUGAUGCUUGUGAAGCUUGGAAAUGUAGCAUGUGUACCUAUGUGAACGACACCAGGAAAAAGAAAUGUGAAAUGUGCUACAACAAUAAACCACAACAUGAUGUUCACCACAAUGAAAUUCGUGAAUCAGAUGCUUAGUGUUUCUUUACCUAAUGUCAUUAUACAAGAUGCGUCAUAGCGAACCGAUAAGCAUCAUUUGUGUGUCGGACUAACAUAUCUGUAUUUAUAUGACGAAUCAUUUGUGUAUAGGUUUUGUCAAAGUUAUGUGAAGUUAUGUGACGAGUAGUCAAUCAUUUGUAUCACUACAGUUGUCUUUCUUAUAUCAAUAAAAAUGCAUUAACCUUC